UGAACUGAAAAUCGACUAUAAUGAACUGUCAAGAAGGCAACAAGAGACUGUAAAACAAUUCGCUUAAAUCGGGAAGAAAGACGUGAAGAAUCUUAAACACAUUGUGGGCUUGAUUAAUUACGUCUCAAUUUGUUCCAAAAAAUCAUCAAACUGAUAAAGCAGCGAUAUUCGACCAACUGAGAAAUUGCUGCUACUACAGUAGACAUAUUCACACUUAAAAAGCCACCGACUAACCAAGCCAUAGCUGUAAAAUGCCACGCGGAAAGUAUGUAAACCACAAGGGUAGAAGCCGCCACUUCACUUCACCUGAAGAAUUGGCAAGUGCUCGAGAUGAGUCCAGCGAAGAGGAGACGUCCACAGAGGGUGAGGGGGAUGACGAGGCUGCAGGUACGAGCAAAUCUGCACGCUCUAAACCAAAGCCACGCGUCAAGAAGGCAAGUGGCGGUGGUGGGACCAGCAGUGAUGAGGAUUCGGAUGAAGAAUCAUCCGAAGAGGACGAUCGCGAUGCACGUAAAGGCGUUGCUUCCCUCAUUGAGAUCGAAAAUCCUAAUCGGGCAACAAAGAAGGCCACACAAAAGUUAGCGAGCCUAAAAAUGGAAGAAGCGGCACCGACUAAACCAGAGCUAACACGUCGGGAACGGGAACAAAUUGAAAAGCAAAAGGCGCGUGCGCGGUAUGAAAAAUUACAUGCUGCCGGAAAAACGACUGAAGCCAAAGCAGAUUUGGCACGUUUGGCGCUUGUGCGUCAACAGCGUGCUGAGGCGGCAGCUAAGCGUGAAGCUGAAAAGAAGGCCAUUGAUGAAAAGAAGUCGACCGGUAGCAAGGCUUAAAGGCACUGUCGGCUGCCUGCCCAUCUGGGAACGCGGCAAUUCACUUCGAGUUUUAAAUUUCAUCUGUUUUUUAUAUACAUUUUUUUUAAUGCGAACGCAAGAGAAACUCUGUUUUGUGUGAGGCACACGGGAAAACGUUUUAUAUAGUCGAAAAACCAUACCCAUCCACUAACUAAAAUACAAACUUAUUACAGUAUACUAAUGCAAUAUUUAAUGAAAUUAAAGAGGACUCGCCUACCAAUUGAAAAUCGCCGUUUUGAAGUAAAUGUCUGUGAAAACCGUUACAAUAGGAAAUGAGAUACGCUCAUAACAACGUGGGAACCCGUUGUAAUAUGCUUGUGAAAUUUAUACAUAUUGAAAAGCCUAACAUUAAUGAACGAAUAAAGCCACAAAAACUGCUAA